AUGAUUCAUUCAACACUGAAUCUCAAAAAGAAAAUUAAGACUGAACCUACUGAGAAUUACAUUAUCAAUUCCAUCCAUCAUACUAUUAAACCCCAUGUAAUCAUUUAAAAUCAAUACAAGAAUAUCAAUACAGAUAUGGCUUUAGCAUACCACACUCUUCAUUAAAUCAAUUAUAAUCCUCAAAUUAAUAUUAAAUAUUCACAUAUUAAAAUUGCACUAGCAAUCUAAUCAAUCUUUAACUUAACUUCUAAAUUUAGAUCAACUAAAAUACUCUCCUAUAAAUUAAUUUUAUUUCAAAACCUAUCAAAUUAUCAAACUAAACUAAUUAUGAAAAAAUAUGAUAUUAUUAUCGAUAACCAAUUAUAAAUAUUUCAAGGACUUAAUAAAUUAUAAUAAUAUACAGUUUUAAUUUAAAAAACUUUUUUACUUAAUCUAAACCAUCAAUUAUUAAUUAAAAAAAGAAUUGGCUAAUUAUUUAAUAGAAUUUCUAAACAAAUUUAUUUUCAUAAAAUCAUUGCUCUAAUCUAAAUUUUAUAAUACUCAUAAUAAGGAAAAAACUUUUUAGAAAACAUCUAGUAUUAUUACAACAAUUCAAUUAUAUAAAAUAAAGAAAUUAUGGCAAUCAAAUUUGCUAGCACUACAUUAAUUAUAAAAUCCAUUAAUAAUAAGAGAUUGUAAUAUUAAUCUAUAUUUUUUAUCAAAUUAACAGAACCAGACAAAUUAUAAUAAUUUUCUAUAAGAGAUAUCUCAAUUAAUUAAGGUAACUCAAAUAAAACAGGAGGAUUUGAAAUUGUUGAAAAUAACUUAAAUGCCAUUUGUCUUCUCAACUAAGUAAUAAAAACAAUUUUAAAAAAAUAUUUUUUGUUAUUAAAAUUACAAAAUUUAGAAAAUAUUAGCAAACGUCAAAGCCUAAAAUCAUCAAUUUUUAAUUCUCAAUCUAUUUUAUUAAAAAAAUUAAUAAAGUCUGGAGAAAGUAUAAUGGAAUUGUAUUAAUCAACAAAUGACACUGAAUAAAGUAAAAAAGAUUAAGAUCAUGAUGAUAUUGUACUUAAGAGAAAAAAAAUGAUGCAUCAAUCUGAUCAUUCUGAACCAUUUAUAAAAAAAAGAAUCUCCAUAAGUAUUUAUAUUUAAAAAAUAUUUAUUAAGUUCAAUAAUCUCAAAAAUUAUAGCCGGCAUAACAAUAAUUAUUUGAAUUGAAGACAAUAACAAAAUCAAAGACAAAAUCAAAAUUAUUAUGGUUUAAUUUAAUUAUUUUGAUAUUAGGAGCCAUUUUGAUUUUUAGAAUUUUUUAACAAAGGUUAAUUUAUAUUUGA